CUAGGGUCAGUGGUUUCUCUGUAUGCUGUGCCCUGUGGUAGCUGCAAAGUCAGCUAACUUUAGGGUGUGUGACGUACAUGUACAUGAACCUGCUGCGUCACUCUAGGAGGAAGUAAACGCUUCAUUUCCAGCGCCAUUUUGGGAGGGACAAGCUCUGGUGUUACAUGCUGCAAAACUUUUUUCAAAAUUCAGCAAGAAAACUUGACUUCAUUUUGUGUUCAUUCAAUUUGGACAGUACUUCAGACAUAUGUACUAAGGACAGUUGAGAUAAAAUGGCUUCAUCAAACCCACCAAAGGUUUCAGUUAUUGGGAAAAUUGUCCAGAACCAUCUGGAGUGUGGUAUUUGUUUUGAUCCAUACAAGGACCCUAAAAUACUUGACUGUCUACACAGCUUCUGUAAAAUCUGUUUGCAGAAAUACCAGUCUACCAACUACAAAGAUGCUACGAUGCUUAUUUGUCCUGUGUGUCGAAAAAAGACACAACUUCAUCAGAAAGAUGUUCAAGCUCUCAAGACUAACUUCAACAUAACUGGUCUUGCAGAUCAACUGGCGCAGGUCAGCUUAUCUGAAGACAACCAGUGGGUUUGUAAACUAUGUAAGGACAAAAAUGAGGCAACUCAUUUCUGUUUUGACUGCCCUGCGAUCUUUUGUGCAAACUGCUACAAAGUGCACCAGAAAAGCCACACAGUAAACACUUUGAAAGACAUUAGUGAUGGGAAGAUUGCAAGCAAAGAAAGAAAACCAAAACGCCAUCCAGAAUGCCAAACUCAUGAAGGUGAAGUGAUGAGGUUCUACUGUACAACUUGUGAUGUGAUGAUUUGUAGAGAUUGCACUGUAAUAGAUCACCGUAAUCCACAACAUGAGUAUAUUGACUGCAACCAAGCCUCAUCCACAUACAAACAAUCCUUGGCUCAACUCUUUACUCCCAUUGAAGAAACCAUGAAGAAGCUUAAACAAUCUCAAGCAACUGCCUCAACAAUGAAAGACAACCUAAAUAUUGCAGCUAAGAGCACCAUGGCAGAGGUGAAGAACAGAGCUGAUGAGAUCAGGGCUGAGGUAACAGCUCAAGAGAGUCGCAUCAUGGAUGAAAUACAAACCACCCUUAAAGAUCGCAGCAGGAAAUUGGAGGAAUUUGAGCAAGCAGUGAGUGUUAACUUGCAGCAAAUACAGCAAGCAUUGCAGAGCGCCAAAGAUGUCAGCAAGAAUUCAUUAGCUCCUGACUUCCUUGCAGUCUAUUCUACUAUCAGUCAGGACUUGAAGGGACUCAGAGAUCAAAAUCAACCCAAGAUAGAUCCGACCCUUUCCUAUCUGAGAUUCACUCCAGAGGUUUGUGACAUCUCCCUGGGUAAUCUGAUUACGAAGGAGCCAAGGUGGGAGCUUUGUUUGGAUUCUGAUGUCGGAAUCAAUGGGGCUGUGGAUAUUGACGCCUCUAUUCCUGGGGAUGAGGUGGCAGUGGCAGACUACUGGAAUAGCAGAGUGGUAGUCUACGACACUACGGGACACCAGAAGAAAACUAUCGACCUACCACAACACUUUUAA